UAUGUUUUUGACAUUUCAGCUAUUUCGUUGACGACGCAUCACGAGAAUUUUUCUCCGUUUACGUCUUACGUCUGAUUAGUUUAAAAUUUUUGCAUAUUAUUUAAACCAAUAACCCAAAUUGUUUCCAGAAAAUGGACGGUGAAAGCAAGCAGCUUAUGGGUGAUUGUUUCCUGCGGACAAUCGUCAAUCCCCGAUCAACAAAUGCCCCCAUUGAGCCGCCUCCCACCAAGGCACCGGUCAAGGUUGAGCUACAGAUCCUUCGGCUGAAGGAGGACUCCAAGAGCAUGAUAAUGGACACGCUUAGGGCAAUCCACGGCGAUUCGUUCCAGCUGGGCGACAUUUCAAAGUACGAGGACAAGGGAGGACGUAUGAAGAAGGCAUAUUGGCAGGACCGGGGCAACCUCAUCGUUCAGGGUGGAUGUGAUUUUUCGCACGUCAAGAAAACGGGUGACUCGAACGAGGAUAAGUUUCGGCUGUUUGCCCUGAUUAAGCUGGGCAGCUAUGGGUUCGCCAAAGGACACUGCGAGGAGGCGCUGGAUCACUGCAAAGGAGCUAUCGACGAUGCGUUGGGGUUGUUGUUUGAGAAGUAUUUCCCACCCCCGUUCGACCUGGAGAGGACGGAAUUUGAUUACGGGGAGGAAGAGUUGGAGCAAAUGCGUUCGGAUGAGAAGGAAGCGCUGGAGUCGAUCUACGACAAGUUGUUCAUCGAGAAGGAACGGAAUCGUGUCUGGCAGUUGAAAUUUAAGAUAGACCACUUGAUGAUUCACAGUCCGUCUGAGGUGAGGAAGAUGGAGCAAAGGAGAAAACAGGAGGAAGAGGAAGAACGGAUGAAGCGACAAACUGCCGCUAAGUCGAAAAAGAAAUCGAAGAAGGAACCUUGUUGGAAUUUUGCCAAAGGGAAGUGUAGAUACGGCAACAAGUGUUAUUACUCGCACGGGUCGGAUUCGGAGGGGGAUGAAACGGCUUCCAAAGGCAAGAGGGAGAAACAGGAAGAGGACCCAAAUUGGUUCUUUUUGGAAAUACGCUUCCCCAAGAAAAGUAAAUAUCCUUACGAAGCACCGUUGCUAUUUUUGAAGACAACCUGUGCCGACAUUCCACAUCAACUGUUGCUCCGAGUGACUCGGAUAUUGGUUCAGGAGUCGAUCAAAAGUACACAAAUUGGGAUGCCGUGUAUUUACAGCAUUGCUGAAUUGCUCCAAAAUGAUGAAGAGAUUGCACGUUUUGUUGAACUGGAUCGGUAUCAGUUCCCAGACCCCAAAAGGUCUCUGUUCUACGAGCCAGAAGUUGAUUCGAUGAACAAUCUUAAAAUCGAAGAUCUUCCCAGCCACAAUCUGAUGGGUGUCACGAAUAGAUCAAGCGGCCCGAAAACUAACCCACAGCAGCUGCUCAAAGAUGAUUUGAACAUAAUCCGUAAGUUUAUGGACAAACAAAACAAUGAUGCUUACAAGGAGAUGCUGCGUCAUCGCAAGCAACUUCCGGCGUGGUGUAAAAUGACCGACAUUAUAACUGCCAUGGAAUCGCACCCGGUGCUGGUAAUCAGCGGAGAAACCGGCUGUGGUAAAUCCACCCAAGUGCCUCAAUUCAUUCUCGACAAUUGGCUUUUCCAAUCGUCCAAAUGUGAGGGUAAGGUUCCACAUGUUGAAAUCAUUUGCACCCAACCGAGGCGUCUCUCCGCUAUCGGUGUGGCCGAGCGGGUCGCCGAGGAACGUGUGGAAAGAAUCGGAAACACCAUAGGCUAUCAAAUUCGUCUCGAGAAUAAAAUUUCCCCGUCAACGAGGCUUACUUUCUGCACGACUGGAAUUCUGCUGCGCCGAUUGCAAUCCGAACCCACACUCGCCAAUGUCACGCACAUUAUUGUGGACGAAGUGCACGAACGGUCGGAAGAGUCCGAUUUUUUGCUGCUGAUCCUCAAACAACUGCUCGAAAAGCGGCCAGAUUUGAAGGUCAUUCUCAUGUCGGCAACACUUAACUCGAACCUUUUCUCGUCCUACUUUGGGGAUGUUCCUGUGCUGGACAUUCCGGGCAGGACGUUUCCAGUGGAGCAACUCUUCCUGGAGGAUAUUCUGGAGAAGAGUGGCUUUGUGCUGGAGCCGGAUUCACAUUUCUGUCGGAAACUACGGAAGGGAGAGGAGGAACAGCUGAUGCAAGAGCUGGAAUACGCAGACGUGAGGGCGGCCAAUGCCGCACCCGCCAAAACCAUCAAGGAUGAAAAUCUGAAAAUGGCUGAUAUGUUCGCGAGAUAUUCCGAUUACUCGAAAACAACAUGCCGAACCCUGUAUCUGCUGGACCCUCUGCGCAUCAAUCCGGAACUGAUCGAACACGUGCUGCGCUACAUCGUCGAGGGAACCGACCAUGGUUGGCCCCAAGAGGGAACCAUCCUGAUCUUUCUGCCCGGACUGGCUGAGAUCCAAACCAUCCAUGAGGCUCUCACCGAAAGCAAACUUUUCGGUCCGCGGGAGGGUAAAUUCAUUCUCGUUCCGCUGCACUCCACCCUGACCAACGAGGAGCAAGCGCUGGUGUUCAAGAAGGCCCCCAAGGGGAAGCGGAAAAUCGUGCUCAGCACCAACAUCGCGGAAACCUCGGUCACCAUCGACGAUUGCGUAUUUGUGAUCGACUGUGGCCAGAUGAAGGAGAAACGCUUCGAUUCGAACCGUAACAUGGAAUCGUUGGAGGUAGUGUGGGUUUCAAGGGCGAACGCACUGCAGCGGAAGGGUCGUGCCGGACGAGUUAUGCCGGGAGUUUCUAUCCAUUUGUACACAAGGCCAAGGUUUACGAAUCACAUACUGGGCCAACCGGUGCCCGAAAUCCAUAGGAUACCGCUGGAACCGCUGCUGUUGAGAAUCAAAACACUCGAUACGCUUCGGGGGAAGUCGCUAAAGGAUGUACUGAUGAAUACAAUCGAGCCGCCAAGUGAAGAGAACAUUGAGGCCGCAAAGAAGCGUUUGGUGGAUGUGGGAGCUUUCGAUCUGGAAGAAGAGCUAACCGCGCUGGGCCAUCAUCUGGCAAUGCUUCCAGUGGAUGUGCGGAUAGGGAAGCUGAUGCUUUUCGGUGCGAUAUUCCAGUGUUUGGACAGUGUUCUUACGAUUGCGGCCUGCCUAAGCUUCAAGAGUCCCUUUGUGUCCCCAUUCAGCAAACGGGAUGAAGCUGAAGCUCGCAAGCGAUUGUUUGGUGUCGCAAACAGCGAUCACUUGACGAUGCUGAACGCGUACCGGAAGUGGAAGGAAACCACGAAACGAAGCAGAUACGCUGCUCACUGUUACGCGGAAGAAAACUACCUCUCUUCCAAGACGCUACAUACGAUCGGUGAGAUGAAGCAUCAGUUCAUGGAACUGCUGGUGUCGAUUGGCUUUGUCCCGGUCGAUCUGAGCGGCCGGCGGGGGAAGUUUGUCAAGGAUGAGCUGCUCGAACUGACGGGAUCGGAAAUCAAUGCCAAUGGGGAAAAUAAUCGUCUCCUUGCGGCAAUCCUUUGCGCUGCCCUCUAUCCGAAUGUGAUCAAGGUUCUGACGCCGGAGAAAAGUUUCAUAAGUGGAGCAGGUGGUGCCGUCCCAAAGCUGCCGCAGGCUUCCGAUCUUCGCUUCAAAACCCAACAGGAUGGUUACGUAUUCCUUCACCCGUCGUCGAUUAAUUCCCGCUUCGGCCACUUCAACUCGCCCUACCUCGUCUACCAGGAGAAAGUAAAAACAAGUCGGAUCUACAUCCGGGAAACCACCAUGGUGCCAAUGCUUCCGAUGGUUCUGUUCUCUGGCAGCGAUAUGCGAAUCGAACUGCACGGGGGUGACUUUGUGAUACUGCUGGAGGACGGUUGGAUUGCGCUGCAAGCGGAGACGCACCAGGUGGCCGAAAUGGUGAAAUUUCUUCGGCUAGAGCUGGCCAAGAUGCUUGAGCUGAAGAUUAGCGAUCCGUUGCUGAAUCUGCUGAAUCACGAGCAGGGACGGAAAGUGAUCGAUACAAUCAUUCACUUGAUAAACAAGGAGUGAAAGAAUUUCGGUGUGCAUACUGAAGUGCGUUAACAUGUUUUGACUAUUUGUUACCAUGUUACUAUGAAUAUACGUGAAUGUUAUAUAACGC